ACGCGCGCACCGUGACGCAGCGCGGUGACGCAAAAAAGUGUGCGCCCUCCACAGCGAUCGCGGCCGCCGCGGGGUGCGCGGGGCCGACAGCAGGGGCCGGGGGCGGCGGCGGCACCGCGGGGCAGCGCGCAGGCUAAGCCAUGACUUCAGGAUCUGGGCAUGUGGACUCCAAGGCUGAGCUCACCACUUUGCUUGAGCAAUGGGAGAAAGAACACGGCAGUGGGCAAGACAUGGUCCCUAUUCUCACCAGGAUGUCUGAGCUGAUUGAGAAGGAGACCGAGGAGUACCGCAAAGGGGACCCAGACCCGUUUGAUGACCGACACCCAGGUCGGGCAGACCCGGAGUGCAUGCUUGGUCACUUGCUGAGGAUACUCUUCAAGAAUGAUGAUUUCAUGAACGCGCUAGUGAAUGCUUAUGUGAUGACAAGCAGAGAACCUCCACUGAACACUGCUGCCUGCAGACUUCUGCUGGACAUCAUGCCGGGACUGGAAACAGCUGUUGUCUUUCAGGAAAAGGAGGGCAUAGUCGAAAAUCUGUUUAAGUGGGCACGAGAGGCUGAUCAGCCCCUCAGGACAUAUGCAACGGGACUGUUGGGAGGAGCUAUGGAAAACCAGGACAUUGCUGCAAAUUACAGGGAUGAGAACUCACAAUUGGUGGCUCUGGUGCUUCGUCGGCUACGAGAGCUGCAGGUGACUGAAAUGACCACCAAGCAGGAAAACAAGCGCCCCAGUCCUCGGAAAGUGCCCUCAGACCCUCUGCUGCCCCUUGACGAGGAGGCUGUGGAUAUGGAUUAUGGGGAGGUGACAGUAGAUGGAGAGCAAGAAGAGGUUUCUGGUGAUAUGGAGAUCUCCUUUCAUCUCGAUUCAAGUCAUAAGACCAGCAGCAGAGUAAACUCUGCUGCAAAGCUGGAUGAUGGGGGACUGAGGAAAGGCAAAUCAGGGAAACAGCACGAAAGAGACGGCUUCCGCAAGGCCAAGCAGAAGCUGGGCUUCUCCACCGCGGAACCAGAGCGCGUGUUUGUCGAACUGUCCAACAGCAGCUGGUCAGAAAUGUCCCUGUGGGUGAUUGGCUCUAAUUACACACUUUACCCCUUGACUCCUGCCAUAGAGCAGAGGCUGAUUCUCCAAUACCUGACUCCCCUGGGGGAGUACCAAGAGCUGCUACCCAUCUUUAUGCAACUGGGGUCAAGGGAGCUGAUGAUGUACUACAUUGAUUUGAAGCGAACCAACGAUGUGCUGCUCACUUUUGAAGCCCUUAAGCAUUUGGCAUCACUGCUGCUGCACAACAAGUUUGCUACGGAGUUUGUUGCUCAUGGAGGAGUGCAAAAGUUGCUGGAGAUUCCUCGUCCUUCCAUGGCAGCAACAGGAGUGUCCAUGUGUUUGUAUUACCUGUCAUACAAUCAAGAUGCUAUGGAGAGGGUGUGCAUGCACCCCCAUAAUGUGCUUUCAGAUGUGGUGAACUACACCUUGUGGCUGAUGGAGUGCUCCCACGCCUCGGGCUGCUGCCACGCCACCAUGUUCUUCUCCAUUUGCUUCUCCUUCCGCGCUGUCCUGGAGCUCUUUGACAGGCACGAUGGGCUGCGACGCCUGGUUAACCUGAUAAGCACUCUGGAGAUCUUAAACCUGGAGGACCAAGGAGCCCUGCUGAGUGACGAUGAGAUCUUUGCCAGCCGCCAGACGGGGAAGCACACGUGCAUGGCGCUGCGCCGCUACUUCGAGGCUCACCUUGCCAUCAAGCUGGAGCAGGUGAAGCAGUCGCUGCAGCGCACCGAGGGCGGCAUCCUGGUCCACCCACAGCCCCCCUACAAGGCCUGCUCCUAUACUCACGAACAGAUUGUGGAGAUGAUGGAGUUCCUGAUUGAGUAUGGACCAGCACAGCUCUACUGGGAGCCAGCAGAGGUUUUUCUCAAGCUGUCUUGUGUCCAGCUCAUGCUUCAGCUCAUUUCCAUUGCCUGCAACUGGAAGACGUACUAUGCAAGGAAUGACACAGUACGAUAUGCUUUGGAUGUACUGGCCAUCCUGACUGUAGUUCCUAAAAUCCAGUUGCAACUGGCAGAACCUGUGGAUGUGUUAGAUGAAGCUGGAUCUACUGUUUCCACUGUGGGUAUUAGUAUCAUCCUUGGAGUUGCUGAGGGUGAGUUUUUCAUCCAUGAUGCUGAGAUUCAGAAAUCAGCCCUUCAGAUCAUCAUUAAUUGCGUGUGUGGCCCAGAUAACCGGAUCUCCAGCAUCGGGAAAUUCAUCUCUGGGACUCCUCGUAGAAAGCUUCCUCAGGCCCCCAAGAGCAGCGAGCACACGUUAGCCAAGAUGUGGAACGUGGUGCAGUCCAACAACGGCAUCAAGGUGCUGCUGUCGUUGCUGUCUGUGAAGAUGCCCAUCACCGACGCAGACCAGAUCCGGGCGCUGGCCUGCAAGGCCCUGGUGGGGCUGUCGCGCAGCAGCACCGUGCGGCAGAUCAUCAGCAAGCUGCCCCUGUUCAGCAGCUGCCAGAUCCAGCAGCUGAUGAAGGAGCCGGUGCUGCAGGACAAGCGCAGCGAGCACGUCAAGUUCUGCAAGUACGCCGCCGAGCUCAUCGAGCGCGUCUCGGGGAAGCCGCUGCUCAUCGGCACCGACGUCUCUCUGGCGCGGCUGCAGAAGGCCGACGUGGUGGCCCAGUCGAGGAUCACCUUUCCUGAGAAGGAGCUGCUGCUGCUGAUUCGGAACCAUCUCAUCUCUAAGGGCCUCGGGGAAACGGCGUCUGUCCUUACGAAGGAGGCUGACCUGCCCAUGACUGCGGCAUCUCACUCUUCUGCCUUCACCCCUGUCGCGGCUGCUGCCUCUCCAGUGACUCUGCCUCGCACUCCUCGCAUAGCUAACGGCAUCUCGGCCCGUUUGGGUAGCCACACUGCUGUAGGUUCCACUGCCACCUCUGUCCACGCUCAGGCAAGGCCGUCUGCGUCCCAAGGUCCACCUGCCCUUCCAGGCCCUUCUUACGCCAGCAACUCUCCUCUGAUUGGCAGGAUUAGCUUUGUCAGGGAGAGGCCGUCUCCCUGCAACGGCAGGAAAAUCAGAGUGUUGCGACAAAAAUCGGACCAUGGCGCCUACAGCCAGAGCCCAGCUAUCAAAAAGCAGCUGGACAGACACCUUCCUUCCCCGCCCACGCUGGACAGUAUAAUCACAGAGUACCUUAGGGAGCAGCACGCCCGCUGCAAGAACCCUGUUGCCACCUGUCCCCCUUUCUCUCUCUUUACUCCCCACCAGUGUCCUGAGCCAAAACAGAGGCGCCAGGCGCCCACUAACUUUACCUCACGGCUGACCCGCAGGGCGGCCUUUCCGAAGUACGGAGGGGUGGAUGGUGGCUGCUUUGAUAGACACCUUAUAUUUAGCAGGUUCCGUCCAAUUUCUGUGUUCAGGGAAGCAAAUGAGGAUGAGAGUGGCUUUACCUGUUGCGCAUUUUCUGCAAGAGAACGAUUCUUAAUGCUGGGUACUUGCACGGGGCAGCUGAAACUCUACAACGUGUUCAGUGGACAGGAGGAGGCCAGUUACAACUGCCAUAACUCUGCCAUCACGCACCUUGAGCCAUCCAGGGAUGGAUCUUUAUUGCUGACAUCUGCUACGUGGAGCCAGCCUCUGUCUGCAUUGUGGGGAAUGAAGUCUGUCUUUGAUAUGAAGCAUUCCUUCCCUGAUGACCACUAUGUGGAGUUCAGCAAGCACUCUCAGGACAGGGUCAUUGGCACAAAGGGAGACAUUGCACAUAUCUAUGAUAUUCAGACUGGCAACAAGCUAUUGACUCUGUUUAACCCAGAUCUUGCCAACAACUACAAGAAGAACUGUGCCACCUUUAACCCCACUGACGACCUUGUCCUAAAUGAUGGUGUCCUCUGGGAUGUCAGAUCAGCACAAGCCAUCCACAAGUUUGACAAAUUCAACAUGACUAUCAGUGGUGUUUUCCAUCCCAAUGGGCUGGAGGUCAUAGUCAACACUGAAAUUUGGGACCUCCGAACUUUCCAUUUGUUACACACAGUACCUGCACUGGAUCAGUGUCGUGUGGUCUUCAACUAUACUGGCACGGUGAUGUAUGGAGCUAUGUUGCAGGCAGAUGAUGAGGAUGACCUUCUGGAGGAGAGAAUGAGAAGUCCCUUUGGCUCUUCUUUCAGGACAUUUAAUGCAACUGAUUAUAAACCUAUAGCUACCAUAGAUGUAAAGCGGAAUAUCUUUGACUUGUGCACAGACAGCAAGGACUGCUAUCUGGCUGUCAUUGAGAACCAGGGCAGCAUGGAUGCCAUGAACAUGGACACGGUGUGCCGGCUCUAUGAGGUGGGCCGGCAGCGGCUGGCAGAAGAUGAGGAGGAUGAAGAAGAAGAUCAGGAGGAAGAGGAGCAAGAGGAAGAAGAUGAUGAUGAAGAUGAUGAUGACACAGAUGACCUUGAUGAACUAGAUACAGACCAGCUGCUGGAGGCUGAGCUGGAGGAGGAUGAGAACAAUGAGAAUGCUGGUGAGGAUGGAGAAAAUGACUUUUCUCCCUCCGAUGAUGAGGAGAUUGCCAACCUCCUGGAAGAGGGAGAUGAGGGUGAAGAUGAAGAUUCUGAUGCUGAUGAGGAAGUUGAGCUGAUUCUUGGAGAUACCGACAGCUCCGACAACUCCGACCUGGAGGACGACAUCAUCCUGUCCCUGAACGAGUGAGGAGCGGCUGCAGGGCGGGGAGUGGGCAGGAGGAGACCAGAGACCAAAUUGGAAACCGACUCCGAGCACCCCAGCCCUUCUUUUCCUGGGAAAACCUGAGGAUCUCCUGCCGAUCCGCUGUGUUGGUUUGAGUCACUUUGAGGCUCUGGCCUAAGUCUCAAUAAAGAGACCUGGGUUUAGGCCUCAUUUCUCUCUGCCUUUUUUUUUUUUUUUUUUUUUUAUUUUUCAUUUUAGGCUGAGAUGACUCUUCAAGGAAACUUCUGAAGAUAUUUCACAAUAUAUUUUCUUUGUAUAAAGUUCUUUCCUAAAGAACAGAAAUAGUUUUAUAAAAAAAAAAAGAAAAAAGAAAAAAAAAGGCAAGUGUUCUAGUAAAGAGGGAAGACCUUUGUAUUCCUGUAGUACCUUGUUACCAUGGGGUAGGUUUGGGGAGAAAAAUUGUUUAAAAAUAAAAGAAAUUAAAAUUUA